GCCCCUGAUUUCUCUUUAAAAAAAUCAUCGUGAUAACCGCCGGCUGACGUUUGUUGCGUUUUGCACCGAGUUGCAUUUUUUUAGACCAUCCCAAGAAGCGUGAAUCAGUCAGGUAUUAAACAUAACAAGAAAUGAAUGAAAAGUGCGAUUCUGACACAGAAUUUGUCAUAAAUUAAAAUCGGGCACUCUUUGCAUACCCCUGUAUAAAUUAUAGCAACCGCCGAACCACCAUCUUAAGAUAAGAUUUUGUGUAUGAAAACCUUGGAUAAAUACUCAGAUAGAUCACCGCCAAGUCUGAAUCCACUUGCAAAUCUCACCGAAAAAAUAAAAAUAUGUCUAUCGUUCACCUUCACUGAAAGGCGGCAAUACACAUUUUAUUUCAAGGGGAGGGUCAAUGACAUAUCUCUCUGUAUAAUAUAUUUUGAAUUCAGUUGGAUAUUGUUUUCGCCUUUCCUGUAUUACUUCUGAAGAAAAGGGUGCAGAAAUCGUUUUUUUCCGGGAAUUGCUUAAUUGCUUUACCCAAGUUUGUUAUUGAACCAUAAACCAGGUACCUAGAGAUUCGUAACCGUCCGUCGGGCAGCCUCGAGUUUUUUCGAUUAUAGACCUUAUGUCCUGUUAUCCAACUUCAUUACUUAUUACGAAUGUCUUAUUUUAUUCCAGAUCGUAUUGUUUAAAUUGUUCAUCCAAACUUAACGAAUAGGCGAUUACAGAAAGCACACCCUUUAGUUCAAGAAGUAUUGAAUAAUUCUUGAAAUAUUUUAGCGUCGCCGCAAUUCAGUUCGCGUUUAUCUCUUUCCAUCCAUUUUCGCUCUCUCUAUUCAGUCAAAGUAAAAUCGUGUGCCGAGUUUGUGAUUACGAAAGUAUCAUUUUAUUUAUAAAAUAAAGUAGGAAACGAUUUUAAAACUGUGUAAAGUAUCAUGAACGGUCUAGAAGUAACUAAACAAUUAAAGUGCGACAUCGAAUCAAAUCAGACGAGGCUGAAAAAUGCAAUACAAAAUCACCAGAGGUGCUUACUGAAACUGAAAGCAGAUCCAUAUAAUGUGGAUUUGCAAAAGCAAGUGAACAUAGCAGAGGAUGAUAUUAUAUUCGUUGGUCUACAGCAGAAAUCUCUGCUAGAUCUUCUGAGAGAUGAAUACAAGGCGUUCCAAAAAUCGCAGAAAAAUCAAGCUGCCAAGAAUGGGAUGGAGAAAAUUAGAUUCCACUUGACUACUGCCUUAAAUAAUGUUAAGAAAAAAACUAUAUUAGUAUCCUUCCCAGACGACUCGCAAGGCGCCGUCGAGCAAAAUGGCCCCGCCCACUCCACGGCUCACUCGCCGGAGUAUCGGCCCUCUCACAGCGCAGGCGACUCCACCUUCAGACGCCAAGAAGCGACGGUGCCACGCGACCUCGCCCAGUCAGAGUUCCUCUCCUAUUUCUCGCUAGCCACUCACGAUCUGUAUCGUGAGAUGCAGAAUCGAAGGGCGGAGCGAAAACGGCGCAGCACCGCCAAUCCCCACUUCCUCUACGGCAAUAAAGGUUGGGAUUUUUUGACCGGCAACGUAUGUAUUAUAUAAUUUUAUUUCGCUUUUGCUAGCUGUAGGAUGUAGG